AUGGUGCCAAGUUCAGAGUCCCCUUCUGGCCGGGAUGGCCGACUCGUGAACAACUUCUCUUUCGGUACCGUUGAACAACAGCCCUCGUCUGGUCUAGUCUCGGCCUCAAAACUGCAUCCGCCCACCGCCUCCCCAUCCUCAGACGGUGUUUCGAUCUCGCCUCAAUUUCCUUCUCCUCCGUCACGAGGCGGCGGUGUUCUUUCCGUUCGUCGACGGCCGGCCUCAGCUCGACGACCCUUCUCAGUUGUGGUGCAGGUGGAGGUUCUGGCAUCGCCGAGCGCUGACGUUGAACGGCCUCGACUUGAUCCGACUUCAAGCACAUGUCCUGAUCUCGAACAAUCGACCAGCCCUCCUCCGAGGCUCAUCAAUCCGGAACAGCCGCCAUUUGAUGCUCUGCCGUUGGUAUCGCUUUCUCCCGACGAAGCAGCAUACAGCACGUUUCAAAGUGUUCUGAAAGGCAAUGGAUAUCUGACAGAAAGUAAAACCGCCGCCAAAGACAGUAUGAACACGUUUCCUGAGCCGUCGGCAAGUCUAUCCGCCUACCCAACUAGCAGCGACUCUUGCAGUGUCCAGUAA